CGGCAGCCGGAAGUCCCGCCUGCCGUGUAGUCUCCGUCGCCGCCGCCGCUGCCGUCGUUGUUGUUGUGGUUGGUGAGCUGAACUCCGCGGCUCGGAGAGCCGGCUGCUUCCCUUCCCCGCCGCCGCCAUGAAGUGGAUGUUCAAGGAGGACCACUCGCUGGAACACAGAUGCGUGGAAUCCGCCAAGAUUCGAGCAAAGUAUCCUGACCGGGUUCCGGUGAUUGUGGAAAAAGUCUCAGGCAGUCAGAUUGUCGACAUUGACAAACGGAAGUAUCUGGUUCCAUCUGACAUCACUGUGGCUCAGUUCAUGUGGAUCAUCAGGAAAAGGAUCCAGCUUCCUUCUGAAAAGGCAAUCUUCCUGUUUGUGGAUAAGACAGUCCCACAGUCCAGCCUAACCAUGGGACAGCUUUACGAGAAGGAAAAAGAUGAAGAUGGAUUCUUGUAUGUGGCCUACAGUGGAGAGAACACUUUUGGCUUCUGAGGGCCAGUGCUGGGCUGGGUGCACCGUUCCUGCUUGUGUAUCUUGUAAAUAGCCGGCCAUUUUCAGUUAUGACACCAGAACCUCUUCACAUAGACCUUUUAGUGCAUUUGUAACUGGAUUUAUUUCUUAAUAUAUUGGAAGGUUUUGUUUCCUUAGACUAGUAAAUUAUCAUACAGAGUUUUAUUUUGAGUUUUUCUUUUUGUGCACUGUCCUCAUGGCUACACUCUCCAGGGAACUUGUUCCUCUGGGAAUCAUAUUUAAUGAAGAUAUUUCCAUAUUGAAGUGAGGUAGGUGGGUUAUAAAAGUGAAAGGGAGGGAGAUGAUACAUUUAACCUGGAUUAUGUUUGAAGUGUUAGAUGGCUAAGUAUUAAGCAUCCAAAUUAAAUCCUUAGCAAUCAGAAUACUUGCUUCACUAGAUUUUGCCAACUGCCAAUCAUGUUGGACCGAGCUAAUCUGUUCCUCUUUCUGAAACUAUUAAGGUAAAUAAUUAACAAUAAAACUUCCUCUUAUAAAGGCA